UAGGAUGUGACCAGAACGAAGAUUCUUUUGGGCACAAAAAGAACACACCGAACUCUUAACAAUGAUCCCCGUCAUUUACAAAAGUACUAAAACGAAGGCAAUCAACCAACCAUAAAGGACUCGGAACGAUCUGUUCGCCGAAGGAGAAGGAGGCAGUGGCAUUUUGUUGGUCGGUGCCAAUUGAAACGUGCGACCAAAGGAGGCUUCCGUUGCUGCGGUUUUCCCGUUGCGCUCCUCGGCACGACGGCGACGAUUGUUUGUGGUAGUAGUGAGAGACACCGUUCCGCUGCAGUCGAACGUGGUUUCGUCUUUGGCAAAAUACCCCGCCGUGAUUACCGAUUUCAAACUCAGGAUGUUGGAAGCAGCCUUUGAGAGAUCCACCUCGGUCAGGCCGUCGGCCUCGUAGUCAUCCACGAGAUAACGCGACAGGCCAUCGUUCUUGCAAAUCACUUCCUCGAACCGGCUGGGAAGAUACUUGAACUCAUUUGUUUCGUCGUCGUUCAAAACAGAAACGCACAGCCGAAAGUACUGACCGAUCGUGAACUGGAUGGUGCUAUCGUCAUCGAAUCUCUCCCCGUUCUCGUCACAGACAAAGGCUGUGACGUCGACAGACUCGGAUACCUUUGCCUCCGCGGAGGUUGCGUCCGUCUGUUCGAUGGAUACGCGGGUGAAGAUCGAGCCGAAUCUGGAACGAAUUAUGACGUCGACGACGAACCGCGUGUCCACAAAAGAGACGGUAUCGAUGACAUUGUCCGGGGGAUCUCCUGGGUUCGUCCCCGUAAAGUCGACCAUGAGCUCGGUAGUUGUCCGACCUUGCCAGAGUUGGCUUCAUCGUUGGCCUUGGUGAGUGCUUGAGUAUUCUCGUUGGGAAACCAGAUCUGGCUAUCGCCACUGCUUUCACCGAAAGCGAAGGGAUCCGUCAUGUUGAACACCGUCUUCCCAAUCCGUCCGUUCUUGGUCUGCGGGAAUGGUUGGCCGGGGAAGCGGUAUAGAGAAGAAUACUCGUCGAAGGCACGGGGAAGGAGCGUCAUGACGUCCUCGUCGAGCUGUGAGUCGAGGGUUCCAAAGCCCAGCAUAGUUCCCUGGUCGCAGCCCCCGUAUGCGGGAGCAUUGGCAUAGAUCUUUCCGUAUAGGGGCUUGCCGGGAUUGUCGGAGAGCUUCUUUGGGUUGGCCUCGAAGUAAACCUCCCCUGGCGAGCGAAAUGGUUUUGGGGGAUUUUGAUUCAGGUGUGAAGAAUUUCGUGAGUCACGAGGAAGUACAGAGUCAGAAAAAGAUUGCACGAGUUUUCCGAUGCGACGAAUACCACACCACACCACAUCGCAACUCAUCAUUUGCUGUGGUACAUACCGACAAAAAACGGAUCCAUGGAUACAACAAUGGCGCUUGGCUUGUUUUCCUCUGGUUUGCCAACCCCCAACAACUCCCAGGUGUUGAUGUUGCCUUCGGCGGGAUCAGGGCCCACCGAUGGAGCAUUGCUUGCGACGACCGACGGAGCAGAACUUGGUUCUUCGCUAGGGGGAACCGACACACCAAGAAUCUCGCCACCUAUGUCUGCCUUGGUUUUUAGAUCCUUUUCGAAAUCUCCGGUUGCAAUUGAAUCUUCGAUGUUGGAAGCAAUUUCAUUGGGUACCACGCCGCUCUCUGGUGAUGCAACGAGCCGAAACGUCGUUACUAGGCACAUAGCUCCGGGAUCAGCAUUCUGCUGAUCUUCCAAUGUAUCGCAUCGAACAAGCUCAACUAUCAGGUCGACAUCAACAUCUUCAUCGAUAGCCUCUUGAUCUGCUGCUAUCUCAAGUUCCGGCUCUAGUUGUCGACGGCCGCCAUUUUCUGCGAGAAACUGCUCGAUCAAAAAUUUUCUCAUAUUUUUGAUGUAGGUUUCGAGGUAGGCGUCAACCUCAUCUGGAGGAAUGAUGACCUGGACAGUAAACUGGAUCUCAGUCUGAGGAGUUUCGGUUGGAGAGUUGCUCGGCUCCCAUGUUUCCCCCUUGAAUGAAGGCCUACUGCUGACAGUUGGGCUUGGAGUUGGUGCGGCGGUCGGUGCAGCGCACGAAUCGUCUUUGGUCUGGCACCACGUUUCCAAACUAUUAGCCGCGGACUUGUUUGGGCAGCCGCUGUUGGUGAACAUUCUAUUUGUUUUAGGAGGUUUUGACCGCCCUGCUACCUCCGAGGGCCACAAAUAAAGACACUGGUUGAAGGAAUUUGCUUCCGCGAACAUAUCCAUCGUGUUUUUAACCUUCGAAAUAUCCCACGAAUCUAGUGGCUGGUUAAAUGCAGU